GUUUAUUUUCAAAACAAUUUAGGUGAAAACUGUCUUCAUAUGGCGAUUGCAAAUGAUAAUUUUGAAAUGGUUCAAUACCUUGUCAAUCAUAAUGUAGAAAUCAAUGCAAGAUGUUGCGGCCAUUUUUUCAGCACAGAUGAUCAGAUUAAGAAACGAUUUGAUACUUAUGAUGACGAGUACGUUCAAAUCUCAAAGAAGACAAACUAUGAGGGGGCGAAGUACUGGGGAGAGUAUCCCUUGUCAUUUGCAGCAUCUUUAGGUCUAAUUCACAUCUUUCGCUACCUGCAUGCCAAGGGUGGACACAUCAACGCUCAGGACUCAAAUGGAAACACUGCAAUGCAUAUGGCAGUAAUUCACAACCAAAUGGAGAUUUUGACAACAGCGUAUGAACUUGGAGGAGAUUUAGUGAUUCAAAAUAAGCGUGGCUUCAGUUGUUUGUCACUGGCCGCCUAUCUCGUCAGACGUGAACUAUUCGAGCAUAUCUUACACCUGGAAAGAGAAGUGGAAUGGCGUUACGGAAAGGUUACUUGCGCAUCAUAUAAUUUAAACAACGUUGAUAGUAUUAAUCCCGACGGAACGAUUAACUCUCAUUCAGCACUUUAUACAAUUGCAUACAAGAGCGGUAUGGACAGGCUGCCAAUGUUAAAAGGCCUCAUUCUUCACAUCAUUGAACAGAAAUGGAAGACCUUUGCCAAGUUCCACUUCAUCUUGAGACUGAUUGUGUACAUCUGCUACUUGGUAUUUUUGAGCACUGGGUUUUAUCUGAGGCCAGAAAAGGAUCGAAAGGCUUAUUUGGAAGAAAUCAUUGAUAGUGAUGGAAUUUUUAAAAAUGAAACUGUGGAAAAUUACUGUUAUAUACAUUACACAGAUACAACAGAGGACAUUGUGAGUAAAGAUACGGUACUCCUUAACUCAGAAUUGAAAAAUAAUACCCUUAGAAGCCAUUAUGUGAUG